GCUCCGAGUCUAUCGAUCUCCUCCCCCGCAACUCAUCAACAGGAAAAAAAACCGCCGGUCUCCGACUCGCCCGCUCAGAUCGGAGCUGGGACCAACUCGGAGCUCCGGCAAUUCCCGCCGCGCGCCGGCGACGAUUUCAAGGGAGACGGAGAAGGAAACAACCGGCUUUCCCGCCUUCCGGUGAAAAGCUUAAACUUUUCCGAUUACUCGCCGGAGAUGAAAUGCAGAAAUGUAUAGAAUGAGGGAGAAUUUGAGAUGAGCAGAAAUGGAAAGGUAAAGUGAAAAUGAAUGGAGAGUUUCUCUGUCUAAAAAGCUUUGCUUAAGCUGAUGAUGAUGAUGCUUUCUCUCUCUAAUAACUUGUCUGUAAAAUUCUUUUUUUUGAUCAGCAAACUUUACCAUCUUCCCCAAAACCCUAAACGGAAAACCCCAUAUUUUCCGAGUAUCCCAGCUCCGCUCUGCAAUCCCGCAAACAACAAUCGAACGCAGAAUUCGUUCAGGAUUUUUUUUCUGCAAACAACAAUCGAACGCAGAAUUCGUUCAGGAUUUUUUUCCUUUGUCACAGAGAACAAAACGGGGAUAGAAGAUGGUCUGGUUUCAGUGCGAGGACUGCGGCGACAAUCUGAAGAAGCCGAAGCUUCCUGGCCAUUACAGAGUUUGCUCUGCUUUCAAGCUAUCAUGCAUUGAUUGUGGGCAAGUCUUUAACCAGCAAACUGUGGAAAGUCACACCCAGUGCAUUUCUGAAGCGGAAAAGUAUGGUCCAAAGGGCCAAGUGAAAACACCAAAUGGAAAAAAUUCUAACCCCAACAGCGACACGAAAAAAAGGCCCGAAGUGGAUACAAAUGUUGGAUUGUCUGAUCGCCCUCCGUGGUUUUGCAGUCUAUGCAAUACUAAGGCUUCUAGUAAGCAAACCCUUCUUCUCCAUGCUGAUGGUAAGAAGCAUAGAGCAAAGGCACGGGCUUUUCAUGCUGCCAACCAACAACAGACUGGGAAGACAGAAUCAACCAAUCCAGAUGCAACUGUCUCAACUGAUAACAAUCCAAAAGAAGAGGCUCCCGAGAGAAAAUCAAAUAAAGAGCAAAAGGAUCUCAAUCCAUCUGAAGCAGAAAAUGAAAAUUUACUCUCAAAAAAGAAACGGAACCAUGAAGCAUCUGAAAAUGGUGCGGUCAAACAAAAGGCUGGUAGUGAAAGUAUGGGAGAAACAAACAUCCAUGUCAAGAGAGCCAAAAACACUUUGGUGGAAGUAGAAGAAGAUAAAGCAAAGAAGAUUAAGUGGAAGAAACUGAUCACCUCAGCUUUGAAAUCUAAACCGGAUGGUGCUAUGAAGUUUGGGAAACUUAAGAAGGCAGUCCUGAAGUCUUUAAGGGAAUCGGGCUACACCCGUGAUGAAAAUGAAGUUCUAGAAGUUCUUGAGAAGAAAAUUAGUAAAAGCUCUAGAUUUGCUGCUGGUGAAGGGAAGAUUAUUCGUCUUGUAGCUAAGAGCUGAAACCCCAUGAUUCAUUUCAUUGAUCUCCAAUUUUGUGAAACUCCCUCGAGCAGUUUUCAGUUUCCUCAUUUAUUUUAUUAUCGGAAAUCAGAGUGCGCUUGUUAUUGUUGAGGGGACUAAUCCAUAUUUUAUGCCAUGGAAACAUGAAGAAUGAUGAAUCACUUUUUUCUCUUUCUUUCUGCCUUUUUUUUUUGGUAUAUUGUCUAUUUGGUAAACAAUACUACAAUAAUUUACCAAAUAAUAU